AUGCCAUUCGCACGCUACCUAGAAGGAACAGCCUACAUCCUUUACGCACCUCCCUUCGCGCCCGAGAGGACUAAUGACGCAACGAAUGACAGCACGGCAAAUGAUCACCAGCAUCAACAUCAACAUCACUGUCAAAACCAUGAGCACCACCGGAAUGGUGAUUCAGACGAUCCACAGCCGCACUUCUGGGUAGUCUUCAGGCCCGAUAGCGAAACCCCCAUAACUUCCGGUCAAUCCAACCAUCAACAAAUCCAACAUCACCAAGGAUCAGAUAAAGAGUCGAACUCACGGUUAUUCGUCCUCAAAGGUACUCCGCACCCAUGGGGUAGUUACCCCGAAGACGUGUCUGAGCCCCACGGAUGUAUCCCUCCACACCUCUACUACCAUGUCACCAUAUCCGAACAUCACCAUCAUUAUCAUCAUCAUCAUCAAGACAACGACAAAACAGCUGCGGAAUGGACGCUACCGUAUGUACACAGGAUCGGCGAUGGGAAGGACGACGCAGGUGGACUCACCACCUGUUACAAACUUCUUGAAGAUCUGGAGGACGCGGAUGACUUUGGCUAUUUCAUCCAACAAAUCCUUGAGCGAUCAGGGUCCUAUUCUAAAGAGCCUCUGUCACCAUUGCGUUCAUCACCAACUACGGAAACAACGACACCGGCGGCAGAGCUUUCAUCCGCUCCUAGUCUUUAUGCCUGCACAGAGCUCUUGAUCUCAGAAAAACGGACGCCGGAGGUGAUAGAGCAGCAGUUCUUUUCUUGGAUCAAGAGUGGCGACAGGAACAACAGCGAUGAGGCAUUACCCAGAGUAUUGAGCGAACUCUUGAGCGAUAUUGCAGGCAUUACGAGCACAACGGAACCAUCAAGACCCCGUUCAUCUUUCAUAGUCAAGUCUGAUCUCAAGCUUAUUUUACCUCAUCGCAUUCCCGGACGAAAAUAA